GGACCCGGGGCUCCGCGGAGCUGAGGCGGUGGCGACCGCCUGCCAGCUCCCUGGGGCCGCCCCCGCACCCUACUCGCCGGCGUCUGGCUCUCAUGAUGAUGAAGAAAAAGAAGUUUAAGUUUAAAGUGGACUUCGAGCUCGAGGAGCUCUCUUCGGUGCCCUUCGUCAAUGGGGUCCUUUUCUGCAAGAUGCGGCUGCUGGACGGCGGCAGUUUCACCGCGGAGUCAUCCAGGGAGGUGGUUCAAGCAAACUCUGUUCACUGGAGAAAGAAGUUCUCAUUUAUGUGCAAAAUGAGUGCAAGUGCUGCCACGGGCAUCCUAGAUCCUUGUAUCUACAGAGUGUCUGUGAGAAAGGAACUGAAAGGUGGAAAAGCCUAUGCAAAGCUGGGCUUUGCAGAUCUAAACCUGGCAGAGUUUGCUGGAUCAGGAAAUACCACUCGUCGCUGUUUACUGGAAGGCUAUGAUACCAAAAAUACAAGACAAGAUAAUUCCAUUCUUAAAGUUUUGAUCAGCAUGCAGCUAAUGUCUGGUGACCCGUGUUUUAAAACGCCACCUUCUACAUCAAUGUCAAUACCAAUUGCUGGUGAAUCUGAAUGUCUAGAAGAAGAUAGAAAAGGUGGGGAAACCCUGAAAGUCCAUCUUGGAAUAGCAGAUCUUUCAGCAAAGAGCGCCUCUGUUCCAGAUGAACUUGGUGCCUGUGGACAUUCCAGAACAUCGAGCUAUGCAAGCCAGCAGUCAAAAGUAUCAGGGUAUAGCUCAUGUCACUCCCGGUCAUCCAGUUUCUCCGAGCUCUGCCACAGGAGAAAUACCUCAGUGGGAAGUACAUCAACAGGAAUUGAAAGCAUUCUAGAGCCGUGUGAUGAAAUUGAGCAAAAAAUAGCUGACCCAAAUCUUGAUGCAAUCGAAAAAGAAGAUACAGCAUCAGAAAAACUCAGCAGGUACCCAGUGAAACAAGAUUCUGUGGAAUCUCAACUGAAGCGAGUCGAUGCCACCAGAGUGGAUGCAGAUGAUAUUGUGGAGACCAUAUUACAGAGUCAAGACUUCAGCCUAGACUCCAGUGCAGAAGAAGAAGGACUGAGGUUAUUUGUGGGUCCUGGGGGAAGUACAACCUUUGGCAGUCACCAUCUUCCAAAUAGGGUGGGGUCUGGAGCUUAUGAACAAGUUGUGAUCAAACGCUAAAAUGAACUGAAACUUCUCUGUGGAUUCAAGAUGUGGGUGAUGGAACUCUCAAGGCAUUUUAUUCAAGCA